AUGCCCAGCUUCUUUCAGUUCACCCAGGGCACCGAGUCCCGCGUCCGGCCGAACGACUCGUCGCCGCUCCUCGGCCGCUUUCGCGCCGUGCCGCAACGCCCCGAGUUUGGCGCCCGCCGCAACAGCCAGCUCGGCCUGCUCUCGGACACCAGCGCCAUCAUAGGCGCCGCCGGGCGCGGGAGCGUCCACGUCGGCUACGGCGCCCUCAUCGCCGCCCACCUCGGAGGUGAUAGCGACAGCGAGGACGAGUGUAUCCGCCGCGAUGGCUGCCUCGAGCUGCGCGUGCCCGAAACGGCCUGGGACCGCCGCUGGCGACGGUGGGUGGUGGACCUCUGGGUCGAGCCGAGGCAGACGGCCGUCAUGAAGGUCGUCGACAGGUGGUGGAGCCGGUACGGGCUACUGGUAUUCAUGCCUGCCAUCUUGGCAAUCGGGUGGUGCGCCAUUCCGUUUCCGCAGUAUCCCUUGCCAACAGAUGACGACGGCGACCAACCAGACCCGACAAAGCCUGGCAAGCGUCCUGGCUAUGGCGCUGCCAACGUCGAGGUCAACUUUUGGUUCUUUCUCUUUAUAUACUAUGGCUUUUACAAUGCUACAGCCUUGGUCUGGAUUACAAAGGUGUUUAACCUCUACAAUCUCAACUGGUGGCCAAAGAUUCUGGGCUUCCCCGUGACCGUGUCAUUGAUUGCCAUUAUAUCUCUGGCAGUCCCGGUGCCCAUCUACCUAAUACCGGAGACUCGAUUCUUGACAAAUCACAACACCUCGUGGAUUUCGUGGACAUUCUGCGUCAUGGCCAUGCCAGUGGCCAUUGCGUUUCUCAUUCUCAUGACCAACGAGCGACACAUUGGUCUGCGACACUCGCUCUCCGAAACGCAGCGCAUCUUCACCACGUCUUGGUGGACGGGCGAGCCAGAUACCCUGCCGCGCCUCGAUCGACGCCGGCGUAACGUGCCGGGUGACUUGUGGGAGCACGACGUGCUGCAGUCGACCCGGCCGCAAGGCGUGGCCAUGAGGCGUAGGUGGCUUCCGGCGAGCUUUAUUCGGUUUCUGUGGCUCUGCGUGGCAUUGUUUAUCGGAUUGAUGGCAUAUGUGCUGGGAGAGGCCUACGCCGAGCUCUAUCUGCAGACGCUGCCGCACAACAGUUUGGAGACAGUAGUGUACGUCUAUGGUUGGAUAAUUACGGUGCAUCUGCUGGACGCGCUCACUGGCUGGGUGCUGGGGAUCAGGGAGGGCGAGCGUGUGGGAAGCUACCCGCUGAGCUGGGUGUUUAAGCUGUAUUUCAUGCUGACCUACCAAACAUACGUGCGCGCGCUAUAUGCUCGACUACGCACACCGCAGCAGUUCAUUGUGCUGCAGAUACUGUCUUCGACAAGCCUAGUGAUUCUAACGCCGCUGAUGAUGACCAAGACGUUUCACAGAGCCAUGUGCGUUCUGGGCCUUAACGGGCAAACGUACGGAUCGUAUCAGAAACUGCAGACGCGCAACGUGUUUAUCCGGUUCCUGGCGGAAAACGCGUCGAUGGCGACGUUCAUGGGGAGCGUGCUGGUGCUGCACUACGGCGCCAACAAGGACGUGUACCCGUACUUUGCGUUUGACCGCGACUCGGAGCCGUACAACCUGAACCUGACAGUGUACUUUUCUGCGAUUACCUGGCUGUGCGAGCUUGUGGCGAGCGUGGCGGUCCGGGGUCUGAUCCGGUACUGCUUCAAGGUGGACGUUGGGCUUGAGGGCAAGCUAGACCUGGCGGUGUGGCCGGAGCUGCUGCCUACGUGCGUGGCGGUGAUGCUGCAUGUGUUGCAGAAUAUGAUGUUUUCGAUUAUUCGAUUGCAGUUUCAUUAG